UCAAAAAAGGAAAGAGAAAAAGGAAAUAGAAAAAAGUUUCAUCAUCAACUGAUUUAAAAUGUUUUUGAGAUUGUGAAGAAUGUUGAUGACAGGAACAUGAAAGAAUCGCAGCUGUGUUUUGUAUAAAUUGUUGGAAGGAACAAAGAACCAGAGAUCUACUACAGAGCUGCUAGUUCUCUCUCUCUCUCUCUCUCUCUCUCCGGAUUGAUUCAUUUUCUUGCUUAACUUCACGUGGAUUCGGAUUAAUUUAUUCUCAGUUGAACGGAAGGAAAGAAGAGGAGGAGGAGGAGGAGGAAUUGGAACUUCGAUUGGAAAAUGAAGAACUCCGUUUCAGACCGUAGUUUUUACAUCGAAAGUUCUGACGACGAAGAUUUUGACAAGGAAAUCGACGACGGAAACGAAUCGGAGUCUUCCGGUUCAUCAGCGGAUAACCGUAACAUUAAUCAACCGAGUUCUUACAAUGCCGCCGCUUGGCCUCAAAGUUACAGGCAAUCUAUUGAUAUGCUGGGGAGUUUACAUUCACCAAGUAUUGGGCUGCUAGGAACGCCAUCAUUGGCCAGAUUUGGAAGCUCGUUUCUUUCCUCCUCAUUAACAAGGAGAUUCACUCCUGAAGCAUUCUCUUCAUCCAUAUCAAAGCCACUGCUACCCACAGUAAUUGACGAGCAGCAAAAGUAUGCCCCUUAUUCUCCUCUGGGUCCUCAGCUUCCUUCUAGGCGCUCUUCCAUAUCCGUCAGGAGGGAUGACAAAGACAAGCCUGUGGUUGACUCUCAUGGCCUUCCCAUUUCCCGCCAUUGUUCUUUCGGCCAAGCUGUUGUUAAUGGUAUCAAUGUGCUGUGUGGGGUGGGAAUACUUUCGACCCCAUAUGCUAUGCAGCAAGGAGGAUGGUUGGGGCUUUCCAUUUUAUUGAUAUUUGCUGUGCUUUCUUUCUACACUGGAAUCCUCCUACGUGCUUGUUUGGAUAGCAAACCUGGUCUUGAAACUUACCCUGACAUUGGCCAAGCUGCUUUUGGUGCCAUCGGCCGUGUCGCCAUCUCGAUAAUAUUGUACGUGGAAUUAUACGCUUCUUGUAUCGAGUACGUAAUUCUGGAGAGCGACAAUUUGUCUACAUUGUUUCCCCGUGCGCACAUAAGUUUUGGUGGAUUCGAAUUAAGUGCACACCUUUUAUUCGCUAUAGCGACUGCCCUGGCUGUUCUUCCAACCGUUUGGCUUCGGGAUCUCAGUAUUCUAAGUUAUAUCUCUGCUGGUGGAGUCAUUGCAUCAAUCGUGGUGGUUAUAUGCUUGUUUUGGGUUGGGUUGGUAGAUGAUGUCGGUUUCCAUGGCACAGUGACUCCACUGAAGCUCUCAACCCUCCCAGUUGCUCUGGGUCUGUACGGUUUCUGCUACUCAGGACAUGCUGUAUUUCCCAACAUCUAUAGCUCAAUGGGUAAACAAAGCCAAUUUCCAGCAGUCCUUUUGACAUGUUUUGGUAUUUGCACUUUGAUGUAUGCUGGAGUCGCAAUUAUGGGAUACUUGAUGUUUGGAGAAUCGACAUUAUCCCAGUACACUCUUAACCUGCCCCAGGAUUUGGUUGCCUCAAAGAUUGCUGUGUGGACUACGGUAGUAAACCCCUUCACAAAGUAUGCGUUAACGAUAUCUCCGGUUGCAAUGAGUCUGGAGGAGUUCAUACCACCAAACCAUCCCAAGACUCACAUUUAUUCCAUCCUAAUUAGAACUGCUCUUGUAAUUUCUACCCUACUGGUCGGUCUUUCUAUCCCCUUUUUUGGUCUUAUGAUGUCAUUGAUUGGAUCCUUGCUAACAAUGCUUGUGACUUUAAUACUCCCUUGUGCCUGUUACCUCAGCAUUUUGAGGGGGAAAGUAACGUUUUUACAGAUAACACUUUGUUGCAUAGUUAUAGCAGUAGGAGUUAUUGCAUCUGCAUUUGGAUCAUAUUCAUCUCUCAAGAAAAUCAUUGAGAAAUUAAGCGCCUGAAGUUUUUGCCUUCCCAAACACCAAGAGUCACUGGUUAUGCAGCAUAGAUUCUGGUAGAUUUUGUUUACCUUUUUAGAUUGUAUAUUGAAUUAUAGAGGAACUCUAGAUAUUAUGUUCCCCCCAUGAAACGUUGGUGUCUUGUUCAUUGAUGCCUGUUUUUCCC